AUCAAUACCAAGAAGCAGAGCGCAACACAGAACAAUGGCUAUGGGGCGGGAGAGGCGCAUCAAGCUUCUCGUGGCAGUCGUCCUGCUCCUCACCUUGGCGAAAGGGAGCAACGGCAACAGGACAUGCACCGUGGCGGACCUGGAGAUACGGCAUAUCCGGGUGGACAGCUACAAGCAGGACGGCGGCCGCACGCACGAGCAAGAGCAGCAGCACAUGAACUCCGGCGGCGGCGGCGGGCGCAAGCUGAAGCAGAUGCCGAUGAUCAUGGCGGUGUGGGUGUACAACCACUGCCCGUGCAUGGUGGACAACGUGGUGAUCUACGCGCCCCACGGCUUCUCCACCAUCUACGCCAACGGGACCGACGAGAGGAUCUUCUCCAAGGUGCGGGAGCACCUCUACCUCAUCCACAACGCCGGCCCGCUCCUGCCAGCGGCGAGCUGCCCGCGUUUCCCACCCUCUCCGCCCUCUGCCGCCGGCCCGGUCGAUGGGAAGGCGCAAACUCAAGAUUUUAGCUGCCCGUCCACCGCUUUCUUCUAUACCUGGUACGAGGAGAUCGAGCUCAAGCCUGCCUUCCUCGUGCCUCACUGCUAGACUGCUAGCUUAGCUUGCUACAAGAAAUUCCAUGCAUCUCGAUCCACAUGGAUUUCCGUCCGUAUGAUAAAAUAAGUUUAGCUGUAGAGUUUGGGAUGAUGAGGACCAGACCAGUCCCAAAUCUACUCUUCUCUUCACGGAUGUGUAAUCCUCUCAAGGAUCAAUCAAGUAUUUGCAGAAUUAAUGUUUUGUGCUUUUGUUGAGUUUGUGUUAACGAUGACACACAUCGACUUCAUUUGUUCUAAGGAUUUAUGUUUCAGUUUUC